UAGCAUAUGUAACGGAGUUUUUAAUAGUUUAUUUUGUUUAUCGAUAUACACAAUAUAAUGUAUGUUUAUAUAAUAUUAUUCUUAUCAGGCGAGGUGCUCGCCCACUACGCACCGGAGAGUGAGUCGCCGAAUGUUGGGACAGUUCUGUUCAAACAUUCAGAUAGCAAUUCCAAAAGAUGGACGCGGUCCAGGAUAAGUUUGCUGCAAGCCAGGAAACAUUUUCAGAAGCUGAUACCAUCGGUGUACCUCACGGGAACGAUAAAUGAAAAAUAUGUUGCUAAUUUAUUUCAAUAUUUCCAAACGUCUUACACAACGGUCAAGAGGGAAGUAAAGAAUCCCGCAAUGUACAAUAUUAUGAACAUUGCUCUGUCCGAUGCUCUAGGAGGAUAUCUCAAACUGUGGGUUUUGCCGAUAACUAAGUACGCGUACUACGGCGGGACAGUCUCCUUAGAAAGAGCUGCUAGUAUCUUCCAAGUUUAUGAUGAUAUAAAAGCAAAAUUGAAAACAGACGGUCGAGGCUGGCGCAGUCCCAACGAGAACUUGCUCAACUCUGUGGCCAUAAAUAUAGCGUCUCCGAUGCGUUUUUUCUUCACCAGAAGCAUGAAAGAACCUUGCAAGGAGUUAACAUAUCUGGAAAAAACCGACACCGGCCUAACUAUUCCACUGCCAGUAAUAAAUUGGAACAUGCUACCAGUAACGUUAUUCGUGCCUUUAAAAAACCAGUCACUGGUCUCAGUAACGUCUCCCAACUCAUCAAAAACGUUACUCAAGUAUUACGAUAUCGCUAACAAAUGUAUUAAAACUCAAAGCCCACAAAAAUUAGAUGACUUCAAUGCUAGAUUUCAGACCUGGCUCGUAAACGACGUAGCGCCGCAUUUAGAUGACGACAACUUGUACAUAGCAUUUGGAGGCAUCCUCAUAUUGAUGAACAGAACUAAAAGUUUCUAUGGUAAAGUAACCGACGCCUUGGAUGACAAUUUAUCAAAAAUUAGAAACAAAAUCGUCUCACUGAGACUGCCAAUAAACUGUAUCUCUAUGAAACAUAUGAUCGUGUAUACGAUACUACUCAUAGAAAUCAUAUGCUUUAUAAUAGCCGUGGUCUGUGCGAUACGUUCCAGACGAAAGAGCAAACGUGCGUUCUUCAAAAAAUGCUUUAAAAAUAUAUUCAAGAGGAAGCCGAAGUUUAACAUCCACCGCUUUUCUACAGAUUCAUUCAAAAAUCGUUAUAUGAGUGAUGUUUCCACCAGAGAUAAAAAUGGUGCAGGAGGUGUUAAAUUGCUCCUGAAGCCGAGACCGAGGAAUUUGGAGGUAGAUGUCCAUUUCCCGCCUUACGACUGCAAGAUGAGAAGGAGUUGUAGCAGCCAGUCCCAAAACAAGACCGCCAGUGAGCAGAUGACUCUCGUUAAUGAGAUCCCGAGAAAAUCAUCGUUGAAGAAAAUUAUGCCAGAGUUUGGAUCAAAUUUUAUGGACCUACAAGAUGAAGAAUUUUCAAAUUCACAAAUAAAUAAUAUAUACCAGGCGACAAAUAUGAAUGAGAUGAGAGAAAAAUCCGUUACUUCGAGAGAAAUCAGGGGAACAAAUAAAAAUAUGACUCUUAUGAAACAAAACCGAAAAUCUAUAAAACAAAUGCUAUACUCCCAGGAGGCUGUUACAUCAAAACCUACCACCACGAGAACGACAUCAGACUGCAAAAGUUGUCUAGCAUCUGGAAAUAAAAAGAAAUACUCAGGCUGUGAAGACAGCACCAGUCCUGCAAAUACAAACGCCAACUAUAACGAACGUAAACACGAGCCAAAGAAAGUGACAUAUAAUGAGCCUCCAACGAGGAGUGGAAGAUCUAGAAGAAGGGAAAAGACACCACGACAGACUGAAAAUAAUCCAGAUGUUGAGAAUCAAACUGAAAUACAUGAGCAGGCUCGGCACGAGUAUAAUGACAGUAGAAUAGAGAGUAGUAAGAUGCCUCAGGGUCAACCCGAUCAUCCCCUACUACGAAUUAAAAUAGAUAGACCAGAAACAGAAAUUAAAGUAGGCAUCACUAGCUUUAGAAAAUCUAAUGAGGACAUAAAGAAACCAAGCAGGAUCCCGAGGCUUGCUGUUAAGGACGCAAAAACGGAGAAUAAUAACGGAGACAACAACGCGGAUUCUUCACAUUCGUUGAAGAAUACUUCGAAUAAAAAUGACACAGCAGGACCAAUGAAAAACUUGGAAAAGAGGACUGUAGACGAUAGCGCACUAAACCGUCCCAGUGCGUCUAGUAAAUUAAAUAGCACACUGUAACCGGUCAGUUGGAACAGACUUAGAUUCAUACGCAUAAGGUUAUUAGGCCGUUAUAUUAAAUCGUAAUUUUAAGUAAAACAAUUGUUUGUCUGACCGAC